ACGCAGUUCCUCGCAUCAUCACAAUCAAUAACACACCAAUCAUCAUGGCAAGCGCAGAGGCAUCAUCGUCGACCGCCUCGACAUACGAGCCCGCAAAGGUCGAGGCUCUCAAGGCCUACCGUGCGAAAGUCAAGGAGCACCAGCAGAUGUCGGACAACCUCAAGAAGAUCCGCCUCAACAUCCGCUCCCUGUCCGCCGACUAUGACAAGACCGAGGACGACAUGAAGGCGCUCCAGAGCGUGGGCCAGAUCAUUGGCGAGGUGCUCAAGCAGCUCGAUGAUGAGCGAUUCAUUGUCAAGGCGUCGUCUGGCCCCCGUUACGUCGUCUCGUACCGUCCCUCGCUGCCUGCGGAGAAGCUCAAGGCCGGCGUCCGUGUCUCGCUCGACAUGACCACCCUCACCAUCAUGCGCAUUCUCCCACGCGAGGUCGACCCCAUGGUCUACAACAUGUCGCUUGAGGACCCAGGAUCCGUCAGCUUUGCGGGUAUCGGCGGUCUCGGCGACCAGGUCCGCGAGCUGCGUGAGGUCAUCGAGCUGCCCCUCAUGAACCCUGAGCUGUUCGAGCGUGUCGGCAUCAAGCCUCCCAAGGGUGUGCUGCUGUACGGACCACCGGGAACAGGCAAGACGCUUCUUGCGCGUGCCGUCGCCGCGACGCUCAACACCAACUUCCUCAAGGUCGUCUCGUCGGCCAUUGUCGACAAGUACAUUGGCGAGUCGGCGCGUCUCGUCCGUGAGAUGUUCGCCUACGCCCGCGAGCACGAGCCGUGUAUCAUCUUCAUGGACGAGAUUGACGCUAUCGGUGGACGUCGUUUCUCCGAGGGUACCAGUGCCGACCGUGAGAUUCAGCGUACGCUCAUGGAGCUGCUCAACCAGAUGGACGGCUUCGACUCGCUUGGCCGCACAAAGCUCAUCAUGGCUACCAACCGUCCCGACACGCUCGACCCUGCUCUUCUCCGUCCCGGUCGUCUUGACCGUAAGAUCGAGAUCCCCCUGCCCAACGAGCAGGGACGUCUCGAGAUCCUCAAGAUCCACGCCAAGGGCAUCAACAAGAGCGGUGACAUUGACUACGAGGCUGUCGUCAAGCUCUCGGACGGUUUCAACGGCGCCGACUUGCGAAAUGUCUGUACCGAGGCCGGCAUGUUCGCCAUCCGCGACGACCGCGAUGCCAUCGUCCAGGAGGACCUCAUGAAAGCCGUGCGCAAGUUGCGUGAUACUAAGAAGUUUGAAUCGCAACUCGACUACAGCACAGUCUAAGAUGCGUAGAGGGGAGGUAGUCAGUAGAAUGCAUGUAGUAGACGAUUUG